AGUUUCGGUUAUUCGUUAAGGCAAAAUAAAGUGAUCGAUUUACGUUGUGCAAUGCAUAGCACAUUUCGGUAUCUGCGGCACCCAGCCGGAGUGCUGUUUUCACUGAGUCUCGUUUGCGGAGCGAUAAUUUUUCCCAGAGUUCCGGAUGUACUAAACCCACCUGUACCAGAUAGUAUUGAUCUUAUCAGCAAAUCUGCUGCUCUGCAAGAUGGAGAACAAGAUCCAGAAGUUACACCAGGACUGUUCCAAGGAGACAUGGCAAUGGAUAAUCGAUGUUACAAGUACUGGAGAGUAGGGCUUAAAUGGGAUGUAUUUCCGGAACGUAAAUGGCCCAAUGGAACGAUUCCGUACGCAAUAAGUCCUUUAUACGAUAUCGACGAUCAAGUGACGAUACUUCAAGCUAUUAAGAUGAAUUUAUUGACAUGCGUUAAGUUUGUUCAGUGGAACGCGAAAGACAAAGAUUUCCUGUUAAUUUGGCCAAUCAAGUACCCCAAAGGAUGUUGGAGUUACGUAGGAAAGACUGGUGGAACUCAAAUCGUGUCAUUACAACCACCAGACCACCAAAGUGUGAAUUGUUUAGGAAAUGAAGGUCGUGCAAUACAUGAGCUAAUGCACGCUCUUGGUUUAUUCCACGAACAAUCUCGAGCCGAUCGCGAUCGGUUUGUAAAGAUUAAUUGGGACAAUAUUAUCCCAGCAUUCAAAUCCAACUUCGAGAAGCAAUCGCUCAAGAACACCACCUACAACUUCGAAUACGACUACAACAGCAUCAUGCACUACGGACGGAGCUAUUUCAGCACCGGGAAAGGCAAACAAACGAUCGAGCCCAAAAUGCCGGGGAUUAAGAUUGGACAACGUCAAGCGCUUAGUAAAACGGACUGCUUAAAAAUCAAUGAUUUGUAUGGUUGCUUGGAUAAUCCUAGGUUGACGAAAAAAUAUUACAAUCUCUGUAAAACGCUGGGUAUUUAGAAACGUAACGAAAAAUGGGAGAGUUGGAGAAUGUGCCAUUUACGGGAAUGUUGUGUUUGUUAGAAAUAAAUUGAAACCGGUAUUUAUUGUAAAGUGAACUGAUUUUAUUUCUCUUUGUUUUAUUUUCCAUCGAGGAACCACAUGGUUUGCUAAUUAAUACACUGGAAUGUCACCGCCCUUGUGUUGAACGGUUCAAUCCGAACAAAAGCCUUCAACUUACAGUUCCUGGGUUUAUUGUUUCAUUUGUGUACCUAAUUUCCAGAUUUGGUAAAUGAUUGCCUUUUCAAAUUAAAACUUCA